AUGUCCACCACCAGUACCUAUGUCCACCACCAGUACCUAGUCCACCACCAGUACCUAUGUCCACCACCAGUACCUAGUCCACCACCAGUACCUAUGUCCACCACCAGUACCUAUGUCCACCACCAGUACCUAUGUCCACCACCAGUACCUAGUCCACACCAGUACCUAUGUCCACCACCAGUACCUAUGUCCACCACCAGUACCUAUGCCAGUACCUAUGUCCACCACCAGUACCUAUGUCACCCAUACCGUCCACCACCAGUACCUAUGUCCACCACCAGUACCUAUGUCCACCACCAGUACCUAUGUCCACCACCAGUACCUAGGUCCACCACCAGUACCUAUGUCCACCACCAGUACCUAUGUCCACCACCAGUACCUAUGUCCACCACCAGUACCUAG